AUGGACUCCCCAAAAGAUGCAACUCCAACGUCCAGGCCGCUACCAUCCAGACGACGCAAAGACUUAGAUGUCAUCCCGGUACAGGUGGGGAGCUACACUCGUCUCGAAGAGAUUGGCCGCGGUAGUUUUGCCACAGUUUACCAGGGGGUCCAUUACAGAAAUCAAACUCUGGUUGCCAUAAAGUCUGUGAACAUGGCCAGACUAAACAAGAAACUUAAGGAUAACUUGAAAUUGGAAAUCAACAUCCUCAAGGCUGUCCACCACCCUCAUAUUGUGAUGCUUCUGGACUGCCAAGAGACAUCCCAUGAGAUCCACUUGGUGAUGGAAUACUGCGUCCUUGGAGAUCUCUCGAUAUUUAUCAAAAAGCGUGACUCCCUUGUGAGGCACCAAUUGACCCGUGAUUUGAUACUGAGAUACCCGAAUCCACAGAGUGGUGGCUUAAAUGAAGUUAUUGUCCGCCAUUUUCUGAAACAACUUGCGAGUGCUCUCCAUUUCCUCCGAUCUAGGGAUCUAGUCCAUCGCGAUGUAAAGCCUCAAAACCUUUUGCUUAAUCCUUCACCCCAAUCCAUCGCCAAGGGUGAUUACCGGAUUCCUCCAUACAAAGGAAAUGGGGAUCUAUUCACUCCGCUAGCGGGUUUGGACUCCAUGCCCCUGCUCAAACUGGCAGACUUUGGCUUUGCCCGCUCACUUCCUUCAACUUCUCUGGCCGAUACUCUUUGCGGUUCGCCCCUGUAUAUGGCUCCAGAAAUCCUAAGGUACGAGAAGUAUGAUGCUAAAGCCGAUUUGUGGUCUGUGGGAACGGUCUUGUAUGAAAUGGUGGUUGGGAAGCCGUAUUUCAGAGCUACGAACCACGUGGAAUUACUGCAAAAAAUUGAAAAGGCCAAUGAUCGAAUCAAGUUUCCUGAACAUUGCGAAGCAUCCGAAACCAUGAAAAAGACAAUAAGACAUCUGCUCAAACGGAAUCCGGUUGAAAGGAUGGGUUUUCAUGAUUUCUUUGAGUCAUCGCUCAUUAAAGGGGAUAUUCCUGGCUUGGUGAUGGAGGGCAGACAUCACUCUCAUGAAAUAAGCUCUGCGGAUGAGUUACAAAUACAAAGGUUGCGUUCAAUUCGGCAAGACCGAGACAGCAAUGCUGCCCAGGAUACAGGCUACUCAUCACCGUCUGGCCGCCGUUCUUCGCCCCAAAUUGAGGAUCAACGACCAACAACUCCACGUCCAGUAUCGGGGAACUUUUCUCGUCCACCCACGGCCGUACGCCGAGUUGGAAGGCGCGACAUACCAGAUCUACAAAAGGUAGUUGUAACAGGGCGACAGCAAAACAUGGCCUCUCAGCCAUCUUCUCCUCGACAGCCUGAUUCUGGCGAACACACUGCUGCAGCUUAUGCAAUGGAACAGCAACGAAGCAGGAAUACAUCUUCGCCCGGGUCAUCUUUAUUCAAAGAAAAUGUGGUAGAGCAUGGGACACCUCCGCAACCUGCAUUUGACAAAGAUGCCGAACGGGAACGGGAACGGGAACGCGCUGCUCAGGAUGUGGCUUUUGAGCGUGACUAUAUCAUAGUAGAAAAAAGAGCGGUGGAGGUGAAUGCAUUUGCAGAUGAGCUUGCUGCGAGCCCACGCAUUCAGCAACAGAGUCAAAUUCCGUUACGCCAGGUAGGGGGGACUAUUGCUCGUCGUGCGGCCACAGCCUCUCACUCCCCCAGUACGUCACAAGGUGCUCCAGCUCGAGCGUUACAAAUGGUUACUGGUAAACCCCGGGCAGAUUCCAGCCACCAACGACAGGGCCCAUACGACCGGAGAUACGGCACUAGCACUACCUCGGCGACUUCUGCAAUUUCGAAAGCGCUAAAUAUGGCUAGCGGACGAUUGUUUGGGGUUGGGUUUUCUCCUCCGCUAGCUUUUACGAAGGGUGGGCGCUCACCGACCCCGUCCUACAGCCCUUUCCCCGCCUACCCACUAUCCCAAGGUAAUCUUGUCAUUGUUGGCGAUGGAACGAAGACACAGCUUGCAUUAGACGAAGACACGAAGACAGUCCAGGUUAUUGAAGAAUGUGCAACGCGGAGCGAUGUUGUUUAUGGAUUUGCUGAAGUCAAGUACAAACAGCUGAUACCGUUGGCUCCAUCCAUGCAAUCGGAUACAGCUAUUCACCCCGAUGCCAUCACUUCCACGGAUAUGGAAGUUGACCCGUCCCAGUCGAUGGAUGGCGGGCUAACCGUUGAUGCAGUUGUGACACUAUCUGAAGAAGCACUUGUACUCUACGUGAAGGCGCUUUCUUUGCUUGCGAAGUCGAUGGAUAUCGCUGGUGCAUGGUGGGCUCGCAAAAAUGCUGGAGAAGUCAUUGGCGAUAGUUCAUCGGUCGGGUCGGGGUCUGGUAGUGGUGGCAACGCAACCCCUGCAGUUGGGAACCGGGUGAAUAACGUGGUGCAGUGGGUUCGCAAUCGGUUCAAUGAGGUGUUGGAGAAGGCGGAGUUUGUCCGACUGAAACUAGCGGAGGGUCAGAAGCGAAUACCUGUCGGCCACCCUUCACAUCCAAGGAACAAUAACAACACAUAUGAAUCAGAUACAGACCUGAGACUAAGGACCUCCGUCGACCAGAUUGUCGUGAGCUCUGGGAUAACUGCCGAGAAGUUGAUGUAUGACAGAGCGUUGGAGAUGAGUAGGAUUGCGGCAAUAAAUGAACUUACUGGAGAUGAUUUACCCGGGUGCGAAAUUGCCUAUGUCACUGCGAUUAGGAUGUUGGAAGCAGUCUUGGAAAAUGACGAGGAGGUGCUGGCGAGGAAAUCUGGACAAGGAGACAAGGCGGAUGCGGCAGAUCGGGAUAAAGUGCUUACUAAUGGGGUUCAGGUGGAGGAACGUCAGGUUGUGGCUAAACUUGUCGUUAGCAUCCGCACACGCCUCAAUGAGCUGCGAAAGAAGAUGACAAUCCUGUCCAAGGGGACGUCUGCUCCGCCCAGUAUUCAAGGCAAGGCCCCCAUAUCCCAUCAUCGCGGACCUUCCACGCCUGCUAUCGCGUCCGCUUCCCCCCGGUGA